AUGUCUUUCGUAGAGCACCGCCCAGCGUGGUGGAAAGAGGCCAUUGUGUAUCAAAUCUAUCCCCACUCCUUUGCAGACAGCACAGGCAAUGGAAUCGGUGAUAUUCGUGGUAUCAUCUCCCGCCUGUCACACCUCAGCGACCUUGGGGUAAACGUCGUCUGGCUUUCCCCUGUCUACACCUCCCCGGGGAAGGACAUGGGGUAUGACAUCGCCGAUUAUAAGGGCGUGAAUUCCCUCUAUGGGGCGAUGGAAGACUUUGAUGAGAUGUUGCGAGAGAUGCAUAAGAGGGGUAUUAAGUUGAUGAUGGAUCUCGUUGUGAACCACACCUCCGACCAGCAUCCCUGGUUUGUCGAGUCCCGUUCUUCCCGCACCUCCCCAAAGCGCAACUGGUACAUCUGGCGUCCUCCUCGAUUCUCACCCUCUGGCGACCGUCUCCCGCCGAACAACUGGCUCUCCAGUUUUCGCGGAUCUUCCGCGUGGACGUGGGACGAGCAGACGCAGGAAUAUUAUUUGCGUAUCUUUACGGCUGAGCAGCCGGAUUUGGAUUGGGAGAAUGAGGAGGUUAGGAAGGAGGUCUGGGGAACUAUGAGGUGGUGGUUGGAUAAGGGCGUCGACGGGCUUAGGAUGGAUGUGAUCAAUAUGAUCUCCAAACCGUUCGGACUGCCAGACGCACCUAUCACAGAGCCAGGAAAGCACCUCCAGCCGGGCUGGCAGAUGUUCACCAACGGGCCGAGGGUGCACGAGUUCUUGCAGGAGAUGCACCGUGAAGUCCUCUCUAAGUAUGAUCUGAUUACCGUGGGAGAGACGCCGUUCACGCAUGAUGUGAAGACAUUGGCGGAAUACGUCCUACCUAAGAAUAAGGAAUUACAGAUGGUCUUUACUUUCGAGCUGCAUGAUAUCGACGGUACCCCUCGCAUCCCUCUCAAACCCCGCAAGUUCCAUCUCUCCUCUUUCAAAAGCAUCAUCCACAAAUAUCAAACUGCGAUGCUCUCCCUAGGCGGGUGGAACAGCGUCUACCUGGAAAACCACGACCAGGGACGGUCGGUCUCGCGAUUCGGCUGUGAUGCACAGGAGUGGAGGGAGCUGAGUGCGAAGAUGCUCGCGCUUUUCCAUUUGACGCUAAGCGGGACAGCGUAUGUUUAUCAAGGGGAGGAGAUCGGCAUGCGGAAUAUGCCAAAGCAGUGGGGAAUAGAGGAGUACACGGAUUGCAAGACGAGGAUGUAUUGGAACGAGGUGCUUAACCAUCGCCGUACCACUUCCACUCCCAACCCCGACAUGUCCGACAUCCUUGCCGACCUCUCCCUCAAAGCGCGUGAUCAUGCCCGCACGCCCAUGCAAUGGGACUCCUCGCCUAAUGCUGGGUUUAGUAAAGGACAACCUUGGAUGAGGGUGAAUGACGAUUGGAAAGAGUGGAACGUCUUGGAACAGAGGGGGAGGGAGGGAAGCGUGUUGGAGUUUUGGAAAGAGAUGAUCAGGUUUAGGAAGGCCUCUCCGGCGUGUACUUACGGCCAAUACGAUGAUCUAGACCCCUCCCACCCUCACAUCUUCGCCUACCGCAAAGUGCACUCGCGCCAGCGCCUCUUGGUUAUCCUAAACUUCUCGAGCGCCCCAGCAGAGUGGGACGUGCCUGAGGAAUUAGGCAGCCUGCAGGGAAGGUGGGACUGGAGGAUGGGAAAUUAUGUGGAUGUUGCGUGUUUGGGAGAAGGAGGGGGAAGGAAGGUUGGCUUGAGGGGCUGGGAGGGGGUUGUCUGGGAGGAGAGGAUGCUUGCGAACUGAGAUGAUCGCAAGAACGAACUGUGCAGUCUGUGCUUGUUGUAUCUAUGCUCGUUCACUUGUGUAUGAAGUCGUUGACGGU